UAACAAAUCUUUAACUGAUGAAGAACUAUGUGAUUAUCAACAGGCAUUAGAUGCAUAUUCAUAUUCAUGUGGUGCACCAAUUUUUUCUGAUGAUCAUUAUUUAAAAGAGGUAAUUUUUGUACAUACACAAAUUAAUUGUGACUCACCAAUUGAGAUAUUGUACUAUUCAAGUCGUAAAUCAGGAAAUUAUCCAAUUUGUUACUAUUGUGGAAAUCGUGAUACUCUGGUGAUUCCUCCUCAGACUCUGAAAGAACGUUUUAAGCAAAUUUACCGUUAUGUGAGAUAUGAAAGGAAUGAUUAA